AUGGCUUCACGGGCUAACCGCGAUGUGGUUGGAGGAAUGACCGAAAACCUCACCGGAGAAAUUAAAAAUCCCCUCGAAGGUCUGACUCACGAUGAGCUCAUGGCCAGUGUUGAAAGCUAUGCCACCGAUAAUGACUUGACCGACAUCCUUCCUUUGUUGAAGAAGGGCGCUCUCGCUGGGCAGAAGCCAGCUGAGACGGGCUCUAUCCCCGAACUCGACGAACAGGAUCGCCACGUUCUUCGUGAAGAGAUCACUCGCCGCUGGCAUCAUCCUUGGGCCUUGUAUUACACGAUUAUCCUGAACUCGAUUGCUGCUGCCAUUCAGGGCUGGGAUCAGACUGGCUCGAACGGCGCCAACUUGACAUUUGACAAGCAGUUUGGUAUCCCUAACAAUUCUCCUGACUGUCCCGACAAGGCUACCUGCGAUCGCAACCAGUGGAUUGUGGGGUUCAUUAAUGCUACACCUUACAUCACUAUCUGCCUCUUCGCUGGCUGGCUGUCGGACCCGAUCAACCACAUGAUCGGCCGUAAGGGUACCAUCUUUCUCGCUGCCAUCUUUAGUCUGCUUGCACCUAUUGGAUCCGCUUUGACCCAAACUUGGGGCCAGCUCGUCGCAUGCCGUGUUCUACUGGGAAUCGGAAUGGGCCUCAAGGAGGUCACUGUUCCUGUCUAUUCCGCGGAAAAUGCACCUACGAACAUCCGUGGCGGAUUGGUCAUGAGUUGGCAAGUCUGGACAGCUUUUGGAAUCUUCCUCGGAACUUGUGCCAACCUAAUUGUGGCCAAUGUCGGUAAUAUUGCCUGGCGUCUGCAGCUUGGGUCGGCCUUUAUCCCAGCUGUUCCGUUGCUUCUUGGCGUUUACUUCUGCCCCGAGUCUCCACGUUGGUUGAUCACCAAGGGUAAGCAUCGUAAGGCGUAUGAGUCUCUUCUUCGCUUGCGUAAUAGUCCUCUACAAGCUGCCCGUGAUCUGUACAUGAUUCAUGCUACACUUGUUGAGGAGAAGAAUAUGCUGGAGGCCUCUGGGUUUGCAAAGACGGACAACAUGUUUGUUCGGUUCUUUGAACUUUUUACCGUGCCUCGUCUUCGCCGUGCGACUCAGGCUUCUGGCAUUGUUAUGAUCGCUCAGCAGAUGUGUGGAAUCAACAUUAUUGCAUUCUAUUCAUCGACGAUCUUCUCUUUGGCUGGCGCAGACAAUAUUCAUGCGCUUUUGGCGUCGUUUGGAUUCGGGCUUAUCAAUUUCGUCUUCGCUUGGCCAGCUGUGUGGACCAUCGAUACCUAUGGUCGACGGACCCUCCUGCUCUUCACUUUCCCAAACAUGUGUUGGACGCUACUCUGUGCAGGCUUCUGCUUCUGGGUUCCCGGAAAGACAGCUCAUCUAGGCUCGAUUGCCUUCUUUGUCUAUCUCUUCGACGCCUUCUAUUCUCCCGGUGAAGGACCCGUUCCUUUCACCUAUUCAGCCGAGGUCUUCCCUCUGUCGCAUCGUGAGGUCGGCAUGGCAUGGGCUGUUGCUACCAAUAACUUCUGGGCAUCAAUCCUGUCACUGACAUUCCCAUACAUGCUGCGAGCCUUUACCGCUCAGGGUGCCUUUGGUUUCUAUGCUGGUUUGAACUUGAUUGCUUUCGUUUUGAUCUUCCUGUUCCUCCCGGAGACAAAGCAGCGAUCCUUGGAAGAGCUCGACUAUGUGUUUGGUGUUCCAACUCGCACUCAUGCCAGGUACCAACUCACUCAAGUUCUUCCAUGGUGGAUCAGACGGUACAUUUUUGGCCGAAAGGGUGCUCCCUGUCCUGAGCUGUACAAGAUCAGCGAGGCUGUCGAACCACAGACGGACGAAGUCCAGGAUCUUGGUGAGGUCUUGAGUGUCACUGCGGCCAAGGAGAAGGACAAUGAAGCUGCUUGA